CAGUGAUCGCUCAGCAGCCGAUCGGGGCGUUUUGAGAAGAGUUAUAUAAUCUGAUCUUUUUUGUAUUCUGCAGGAACAUUGCUGAAGUUUCCUCUUCUUAUACAAGUCUUCGGGGUAUUGAUCCCCUCGGCGUCUUUUCCACUUUAUCGGAGUUUUCACCAAUACGCUUCUCGGUUGCAUUUCUUGAUACUGUCUGAGACGAAUAUUGGUUCACAUUUGAACUGGACGGGUUUUAUAUAUGGCAUUGCCACUUUUCACACGCAUGGAACAAUUUACCAGACAGAAGUGUAAAUUAGGAGGACUUAAUUAUUCAGUAAAUAAUAUGCAUUUGCGGACAGAUUUAUGAAUUGUCAGGUGCAAAUUGGCGCGUGCUUCACACGUGAAUAAAUUUCUGACGUCAUGACCGAUUGAUCACCUUAAGAUACGGAAUAAGUAUAACAAGUCAAGACACAAUGUUUCAUUUUCUAAAGAGACAUAAGGAUGAAAAGAUGCCGACUAGUUCGGAUCCAGGAUCGCCUUUAGCCAAACCGCUUAGUGCCAUAGCAGUGCCAGGGAUGUACUUGUUUUAUAAAUACAGUGAAUUUAAAAGACAGCAGCAGGAGGUCCAUAGGAAAAAAGUUACUGAAAAGGAAUUAGAUCAUCUUAAUCAUAAGAUUGAUAAAUUGCUCGCGAAAAUUGAUGACAAAGACACUGAUAAAACUGUGUCGUCGCCAACGAAAACAGCAUUGACGUCAGGAAAAACUCCAGUGACGUCAGCAAAAACUAUUGAAGACGAGGAAUGUGUUAUAUGCAUGAGUGCAAAAGCCACAAUGCAAACGUUUCCGUGUGGCCAUAAAGUAAUCUGUAGAAAAUGCUUCAUAAAAACUAUACAGGUUGCCGUCUCCCAACGAUGCUUGCCUCUCAAGUGCGUCAUUUGUAGGACUCGAAUAUUGAAAUUAAAACAGUCGUCCAUUGUCAAAAUGCCGUCAGCAAAAAGCCAGCGAUCAAAGACUUCAUCAGCAUAUUCGCGAUUUACAAAACAGUCAAAAGUGUACGCCAAGUGAUUCCGUAGUUAAGAAAAUGGAAUAGUAUAUUUUAUAGACGUGUGUGACAAUUUGCCUUCGCUCAAAUUAGCAAAAGGUAUCUUUACAGGAAGAAAACUUACUUAUAAAAAAGAUGUAUCAAAUACUUUGUAUAAACUAAGUUGGCUGUAUUAAGUUUGUUUUAACAAAUGUUAGUACAUCGAGGUUCCUGUGAAUGAUACUUUUCGUGCUAAAUUGCUUGGUGUUUAAAUAGUGUAGUUAUUAUGGCUUACAACAGUAUAAACCAAAUUAUAAUCAUGCUCAUGUAUGCUUGCAUGAAUAUGGCUUAAAAUCAAAAUGACUUUAAAAAAAUGUAUCAAAAUAGUUAUGCUAUUGCGAUGUCGGUGUAAGGACAAUUGUGAAAUAUAUACAGCGGCCUCAGCUUGCAUAUGAAAACAGUAUUUGCUUUUUUAAAUGCAUAACAUGAUUGAUGAAGUUGUAUAGAAAAUCAAACCAACUUUCUUUAAAAAAAUUAUACAGUAUUCAUCGAUGUUCAAUAACAGAAAGGAAUUGCACUGGUUGUUUUUAUUUAUAUAGAAGCAAAUGUAAAUAUUAACUGUUUACCUAA